ACACUGUUUUUGAAGCAUAUGUCUUAAGACUUGAUCAUUCCAAAGUCUCUCCUGAGCCAAUCGUUUCCAGUAUUGACUUUGUGAAUAGGUAAUGUAAGUAUGUAACUGAACAGUGACUGGCACAUACUUAACCUUAAGUUUUUAAAGAUAAGUUCGACUAAGUUUGCUUAUUUCGACAUAUUUUUGUUACCAAUUAGCGUACAUUCGUACAGAAAAGAUAAACAAAUGUAAUACGCGAUUAGCUGAUUGCAAAAACCGUGCUUUUAACCUGAUCAUGUUAKGAGGGAUGAAAGUUCUUCGCCAGCCUCACGAGAUUUUGGCAGCAAAAAGGCUGUUGUACGACGUGUUUAUCAAAGAGAUAAAGUGGCAACCAAGACCAAAUAAUCCAACUGGGCUUCGUGUAUGUCAACUUGCCAACGGUGAAAGAAUUCUUUGUGAUCACUUUGAUGAAGAGGCAACUUGGAUGGGAUGGUAUCAAGAUUAUCAACUGAGAGGAACUUGGCGAAUUCUAACUCGAGUAAACAAGUUCAGAAAACUUGACAUCGAGUUGUACAUUUCCAAGGAAAAGAACUUUCUUCUUUAUAAAGUAGUUAUAGAGCAUCGCUGUGUAGAGUUGCAACGAAACGUACUCACAAAAGAAUACAGGGGGACGAAGGGCUAUUUUGGAUCUCUGCUAUUGUGUAAUUUGCUGUUUGCUAAGUCAAGAAAGUGCGGUGUGAUCGCUUCAGCCCCUGUUGAAUAUAUUCARAAUCAYUUAAGCAGCUAUGGCUUCGACUGCAUUGAUCCAAAGUUUUAUUAUGGAGAAGAAAAUGAAACUCCUUGUUCGGUUCUUCUUUUGCCAUCUCACAAAGUGAAUACUGGAAUUGACCUUAUUCGGAGAAAACUUAGAAAUAUUUAAUCUGAAUAAUCCUAUAUAAACAAAACUAAGACUUCGGUGGUACGACGAAUUUCACAUGUGUCGAAUACAAUGCCUAUUUUCGUCGACUAAACAAUUAAGUAACAAUGCGCGCAAAAAGCAGGCAACUAUCUAUUGUUCUGCGGCAAUUGGAACUUCCCCACAUACGAAU